AAACCAUCAAGAUUAUCCGAAGACCGCACCAAAGAAAACAAUAAAGCAUAAAACAAACAUCCACGAUCUUCAAACCGCCGCGCUCCAAGAGAGAAAGACCCAAGAAAGAACAGUUACCGAAAACCAGAAAACCUCCGGAAAUGAGACUCCUCAUCCUCCUCCUCGCCGCCGCAGCCGUCCUCCUCCUCCACGUCUCGGCCGCCGGGGCCGCCGCCCCCAGGGGGCCGCUGGUUGGGGGGUGGAAGCCGAUAAAGAACCUGAGCGACCCGUACGUGAGGGAGAUCGCGGAGUUCGCCGUAGAGGCACACAACGACGACGCCAGGACGGGGCUGGUGCUGAAGAAGGUGGUGAGGGGCGAGGAGCAGGUCGUGUCGGGGACGAACUACAGGCUCGUCGUCGAGGUCGAGGACGGGGCCGACACGAGGAGCUUCGAGGCCGUCGUGUGGGACAAGCCGUGGGAGCAUUUCCGGCGUCUCGAGUCGUUCAAGGCCGUUCAGGGCAACGCGUGAGGGUCGUGCUUGUGAAUGAUCGACAUCGACCCUUUUCCAGUAAUUCUGAGAAUAAAACGACAUCUGGUUUUCUUUUUA